CACUCCAUUACAGAAGAUCGGGAUCGGUAUUUAAUGUGUAUCUGCGUAGCAGCGUACUAAAACAUGACGGGAUUAGAUUUUGAGGAAAUGCUGGACAUUGCAAGAAAACACCGAAUUCUAAUUGGUUCACUGGUGGGAAUAGGUGUGAGUUUUGCUGCCAUGAGACGAUAUUUUGCUGGAGGUGUUUGUCGCAGCAAAGCAAGACUUGAUGGAAAGACUGUCAUCAUCACAGGGGCUAACACAGGCAUUGGGAAAGAGACUGCCAUUGAUCUGGCAUCAAGAGGUGCAAAAGUGAUAUUAGCAUGUCGUGAUGUUAUGAGGGCAGAGAGAGCUGCAACAGACAUCAUGAAGAAAUCGAACAACCAGAAUAUUGUUGUCAAGAUUGUAGACUUGGCGUCCUUAGAUUCCAUCCGCAAAUUUGCUGACAACAUCAACAAAAGCGAGCCUAAAAUUGAUAUUCUUAUAAAUAAUGCAGGUAUAAUGAUGUGUCCAUACUGGAAGACCCAAGAUGGUUUCGAGAUGCAGUUUGGAGUGAACCAUCUUGGACAUUUCCUGUUGACCAAUCUACUCCUAGAUAAAAUAAAAAGUUCGGCCCCUGCUAGAAUCAUCAAUGUGUCGUCCCGUGCACAUACACGUACAGAUAAAUUAGACUUUGAUGACCUUAACAGUGAAAAAAAUUACAACAGUAUGGCAGCUUACCGCCAGAGCAAACUUGCCAAUGUAUUGUUCACGAGGGAGUUGAGUCGGAGAUUGCAAGGAACAAAUGUGACAGCGAAUUCACUACAUCCUGGAGUUGUGGAUACAGAGCUGACUCGUUACCUUCCUCAGAGCGUGCCGUUUUACUUCCGGAUCCUGUUUGCCCCCAUCAUUUAUAUUAUCGGCAAAACUCCUUUACAGGGAGCUCAGACCACUAUAUACUGUGCUGUAGAGGAAAGCCUAGCCAAUGUUACAGGGAAAUACUUCAGUGACUGUGCCAUCAAGGAGGAAUCUAAGGCCGCCCAGGAUGAUGAGGCUGCUAAGAAAUUAUGGGAAAUAUCAGAGAAACUGGUGGGACUCUGAAAAUGAAAAACUUCAACUCCCAGAGUAGCAGAAUAGGGCAAAUAUUUUUAUCUGAAAGUUCCUUGAUAAUAUGAACGUAUAGAUUGAUGUACAUGUACUACUGAUUCUUAAGUUAUUAAUCUGUUGUCAGUGAAAUCAUAUUUAUUACAGUACUAUAUCAAUGAGAGUUGACAUCAAGUAUUCUAUGAUUUACAAUGUAUUCAUUGUUGAUCUGUUGGAUCUAAAACACACAAAGUUUGAGAUCUAGCAAUCGUUAACUGCUUUCUCUUUGAGCAUGUGAUAUAAUUAUCUGAACAGAGUCCAUUAAUUUACCUCAUUGCAAAUUUUUGAUAUGUACUUACAUUAUUGGAACCAGAAUGAUUUAUACAGCAAAACUCGUUUAGUACGAACACGGAUAUUGCGAAUUUACGGAUAUAGCGAAGUCAUCUUGGAUCCCCAGCUAUGUAAAUUUAAUAAAUUUCUUAUACGGUUAUAACGAAUUACGGAUAUAACGAAGUAAUUUCCUAAGUCCCAGUGACUUCGUUAUAACCGAGUUUUGCUGUAUACAUGUGUACAUGCAUUUAGCAGGAUUUUGAAAACAUUGUCGAUAAAAAGAAUGUCUGUUUGGCUGGGGAUAUUUUUAAUUUUUGCAUAUUUUCUGUAUUUUUGUGAAUACAGAAAUAACAUUUUUGAUUUGCAGAGGUUAGCCUAUAUAAGUAGAUUGUUGAGUCUUUGAAAUAACUUUUUAUAUAACAUUGAUAUAAAACAAGACAACAUUUUAUUUUGCAGUAUUAUUUGCUAUGAUUGCAUUAUUAAAAAAAGACAUUACAGUAUUUGAAAAGUUAUUAACAAUUGAAUAUUUACUAAUACAUAACUGUUUUAUUACAUGUAUGUUGUAUUAUGUACAUGUAUACUGUAUACAGGGUUAUUUUCGCACAAUGUUAUUUUCAUCUACACUUGCAAACAGCUGUUUUUGCCUGUCUUGAAUUCGCCCAGAUGCAAUUUUGUUAAAAGAGAUACAUGUAUUAUUUGCGAGAAUUGAAUUUGCCCACUGACAACGAGGGUGAGAGGGGCAAAAAUAAAACGAGGGCAAAUAUUUCCCUGUAUACAGUUUUCCUUUUUUCAUAAGGCCAUGUAAAUUAAUAGUGUGUUUCUUUAGCAUCUUUAGGAUGGUAUAACAUGUUGAGCUGAGAAUCAGAGAAAUGUCAAGUCUUGAUUAGUAAUAUAUUUCAUGGAGUAUUUUUUUUUCUUUAAUUUGCACUUAUAUUUAGAGCAACCAUUUGUGUAAGUCAUGAAAGCACAUAAGUGUUUGUGUAAUAGCCAGACUAGGUGAAUAUUUGCAAAAUCAUUUGCUUCACAAAUGUAGUAACAAAUUUGUGUCAAUUGAUUCGUUGAUUUGGUUGAUUAAAAAUCUGGUAAAAUUAUGAAAUUAAGAUUUUUCUGAUAAAGAGGCCCAUAGGCCUUAAUGGUCACCUGUAUCUAAAAUAUAGCAUGAAAUGGCAUUUUAAUAACUACCGGUAUAGUAGUGUGUGAUGAAUUAUCUGUAUAGGUACAAUGCAUAAUGAAAAAAUACAUUUGGCUGAUUUAAACAGUACUAUCCAAAAUCAGUUGGUAGGGGAUGUUUUUUCUUACAAUUAUACAAGGAGCUCUGAAGAUGCACCAUUAAAUUGGUCAUGGAUUUAAAGAAAAACGUUUUAGGGUGGCUUUAUUGUGUUUCAUAAUUUUUUCAAUUUGCCAUGUAAAGACUUUCAAAAAUCCUCUCUAAAUAAAACCUCUGCACACACUUUUCUUUUAAAUGAAGAAAACAUAACUGCAUGCAGUUUUUAUACUGGUAAAUAGAACUUGAGGUGUGCAGUAUUUACAAUACCAAUAAAGGAAGAUAUGAAAAUCUGCAGUGGUUCAAUAUAUCAGAAUAGCAAUAUACAGCUAUUUUGGCUACAUGUGCCAAACUUAAACAGCUGAUGCAUCUUGGAGGAUAUUGCAUUGUUUUUGAAACUAAGGUUUUUGUGGCCUCCUUUAACUGGAUUAUGAUCUGAAAUCUGAAUAAUAUUUUGCACAUUGUAUAAAGGUGUAGGACCACAUCAUAUGUAAAUUUCCUAAAUAAAACUCCUAAAUUCAUGAUUGACUUUAAAAUGAAUAUCCAACUAUUGUUUAGGGCUUCUUAAAUGGUUGCUGACUGUGCAGGAUGGAGUCAUUGUAAUUCAUGACAAGGCUGUUCAUCUAUACAUCCUCAAAUCCUAUCUUACAUGUAUUUUAAAUACAUGUAUCAAUCCUGGUUUCAUUUCUUAUCAUAUAUACACAAAGUGCAUUAAGGACAUGGUAAAGAUACAGGUAUACAUGUAUUAAGAGAUAAAAUCAGCCCCGCAUACAUUGUAUGAUAUAAGUUGUUUAAGUGCCAAGACCAGCAGUAAAAAGAUUAUACAUGAACUACAUGAGCUAGUACUCUUGCCCUUUACUUCAUAGCAAGAAGGAAGAUGUAUUCGUAUUGGGAAAAUCCCAAGUGACAUCAACUUCUAAGAAGAACAAUACAACAUAGUCAUGCAGAGGCCUCUGAAAAAAUUGUGAUUUCACUGAAACAGGUGACCUAAUGACCUUUGUGAUAAUCAUGUGGGAUUCUAAUCUGCUUGUGGAUUUCAGCCUACACAAUUGUUUGUCAUAAUACACACAAUCACCUAGCAGUAAAAUCACACCAAAAUUCAUCUCUAGUAAGAUACAAUAAAAUUGUUUUUCCCAAAUGUAUUUUUUUUAAAUCAGUAAAUUCAUCUCAAAUGCAAAGAUUUAAGGGGAAUAGUUAAAUAUUUCAGGGGGUAUCUGCCAUCAAUUUUCAAAAGAGUACCUAUUUCACAAUCAAACUGUGUAAAAAAAACCCAGUG